AUGGACGGUCAAGCCGCCCAGGAUCAGUAUAUCGACAAUGCGAUGCGCGCAGUGCAGCAGAAGAAACAGGUUCCCGAGAUCGAUUUCACCUUGCACACCAUGGAAGAUGGUACACAAGUGAGCACGCAGGAGCGUGUAUGUAAGGACGUCCAAGCACCGGCCUUCAAUGUGCCCACCGAGGACCAGAUUCUGUCGCCCACCGAUCGAUCGAAGCCCAAUCUGCAGUUCCUGAAGCAGCACCUGUACAGAGAAGGUCGACUCACAGAAGAGCAAGCACUAUGGAUCCUCAACUCGGGCACAGCACUUCUGCGCGCGGAGCCAAAUCUGCUGGAGAUGGACGCACCAAUAACAGUGUGUGGUGACAUCCACGGACAAUACUUUGAUCUCAUGAAGCUGUUCGAAGUUGGUGGUGACCCAGCUGAAACCAGAUAUCUCUUCCUUGGCGACUAUGUGGACCGCGGCUACUUUUCGAUCGAGUGCGUGCUGUAUCUAUGGGCGUUGAAGAUGUGGUACCCCAACACCCUCUGGCUGCUGCGCGGUAACCACGAGUGCCGUCACUUGACGGACUACUUCACAUUUAAGCUGGAGUGCAAGCACAAAUACAGCGAAAAGGUGUAUGAGGCAUGCAUGGAGUCGUUCUGCUCGCUUCCUUUGGCUGCAGUCAUGAACAAGCAGUUCCUGUGCAUACAUGGCGGUCUCAGCCCAGAACUACACACCCUCGAGGACAUCAAGGCGCUGGACCGAUUCAGAGAGCCACCUACGCAUGGGUUGAUGUGCGACAUUCUGUGGGCAGAUCCACUGGAAGAGUUCGGCCAAGAGAAGACGCAAGAAUACUUCAUCCACAACCACGUACGAGGAUGUUCGUACUUCUUCAGCUACCCUGCAGCUUGCGCGUUCCUGGAGAAGAACAAUCUGCUAUCCAUUAUUCGAGCACACGAAGCGCAGGACGCCGGCUACAGAAUGUACAGAAAGACAAGGACAACAGGCUUUCCUUCAGUGAUGACGAUAUUCUCAGCGCCGAACUACCUGGACGUGUACAACAACAAAGCUGCGGUCUUGAAAUAUGAGAACAAUGUGAUGAACAUCAGACAGUUCAACUGCACACCUCACCCAUACUGGCUACCCAACUUCAUGGACGUCUUCACCUGGUCGCUUCCGUUCGUGGGCGAGAAGAUCACUGACAUGUUGAUUGCUAUCCUCAAUACAUGCAGCAAGGAGGAGCUCGAGGACGAGACUCCACUUUCAUCAGGACCUUCUUCACCACCCUUCACUGGCGGCAACGAUCUAGCUGGCAUGGAUCCCAACAGCACCGAGUACAAGCGCCGAGCUAUCAAGAACAAGAUUCUAGCAAUCGGCAGACUCUCACGCGUUUUCCAGGUGUUGCGCGAGGAGUCUGAACGUGUGACAGAAUUGAAGACAGCUUCUGGUGGCAGACUUCCUGCCGGUACUCUUAUGCUCGGCGCCGAGGGUAUCAAGCAAGCAAUCUCAUCCUUCGAAGAUGCUCGCAAGGUCGAUCUGCAGAACGAGCGACUACCACCUAGCCACGAAGAAGUGCGAAAGAGCAAUGAGCAUGCCAGAGACGAAGCGCUCAAGCGUGCGUCAAGAGAUGCCGAGAACGAUACGCAGCUACAAGGUGUCGCGCGACGUAUCAGCAUGUCAUCAGGGUCGAAGAACACCAGGCGAGGCUAG